AUGAGCAGUCCGGGAUCUCCUGUGGAGUCCUCCCCACGCAAGCGGCGUCGUGGAGCUGGCGAGGACCCUGCAAGCCAUGCGCACAGCACGGACGAAGAGGAAGAGGGUCCGUACGAGCCCGUGAUAGUGGAUGAGGUCCUCCAUGAGGAGCAGACGGAGUACCAGCAUCUCCUGGUUUUCUGCAGCCAUCACUACGGUCGCUGUCUGUCGCUGGAUGGAGUUCUCCAGUCGACAGAGAAGGACGAACAUAUUUACCACGAACAUCUUGUUCACGCACCCCUUCUCCUUUGCCCCUCGCCAGAGCGGGUCGCCAUCUGCGGCGGAGGCAAUGGUGGGGCCGCACGUGAAGCGCUGAAGCACGGCGUCGCGGAGGUUUACAUCAUAGACAUCGAUCCAAGCGUCGGCAGAGCCGUGCGCAGGUUUCUGCCUUCGCAGGGGACCUCACUCUUGCACCCCAAGGUUUCGGAAAUCUCAGCAGACGCCUCCGACUUCCAAAGAUGGCCGGAGGGCCACUUCGAUGCUAUCCUCGUGGACAGCACAGACAUGGGGAUGGCACAGGGCAGGAGCGAUCACCUGUGGAGCACGAGCUUCUUUGCCGGCUGUCUGCAGCGGCUCAAGCGCGGCGGAAUACUUGCGACGCAGCUCGGCGCCUGCCUUCUGCGUCCGGAUGGUUUAGCCUUGUCGCCUGCCGUUGCGGCGGGCCUGGGACGGCUCAAAGAGGCCGGCUUCCAGAUGGCCCGUGCCUACACAGCAGAGAUCCCUUCGUACGGCGGCCUGGCAGUCUUCGGCAUGGCUAGCAAUGGGGCCAGCGAGCAGGAGUCCUGUUUUGCUCGGCUGGCGUCCGGCGGCUGCAGAUUCGCAGGCAAAGGAGAUGCUGCCGAGGUCCCUCCAUGGAGGUCGCACGCCGCAGCACGAGGCCUUGAAGGAGUGGUGGAUUCAAUCGAAGCCGCCUUCAAUUUGCCUGUGGGCAGUCCACGACUCGGCAUUGCCCUGAUGUUGCUUGAGAAGCAUCCAGAUUGCGCCGAAAAGCGGUGGUUCGAGCUAGCGCCCGAAUCCCAGAACAGCAAAGCAGCCUGCCUCGUGAAAGUGAUUAUGCCGGAGAAGCAAGGUGUGAACUACGCAGGCUCGGAUCGCGGUCGUGGACCCUCGUACAGUGGCAGCUACGCGCCGGAGGUCAGUCCCGAAGGCGGCUGGCAUUACGGGCUUUGGAUGGCGAACUUUCUGGGAUGCCGAGUAGAGAAGCAUCUCUGCUUUCGGGUCAUGAGCACGUACCUGUACAACAGGAAAGCAGCUUCCCUCAGCGUAGCACCGACUCCCGUCUCUGAGGCCAUUCGCCGGCCUAUGCCGGAGGUGGUGUUUGUGUUAUUUAUCCACCUUUGUGCCGGCAUUUUCUUCUACAUCUGUCGAUGUCUGCUGAUUCCGCGCAGCAUGGAGCUCCAGUGCGUUAGAACAACCUUGAUGCAGGGCUACAGCUGUGGCGUGUCGCGCCCGUUUGCCGACUGCACGCCUAGCGAAGCUCGCACCGCCCGGCACCCAUUGCAGAUGACUCUGGUUGUGACCGGAAUGCAGGCAUGCACCGCAUGGGCACUGCUGCAGACGGGCGCGUUGCCCGGUGAAGCAGCCGAUGAGGGAGACGUGGACUACAGCGAGUAUGUUCCCGAGUCCCCGAAGCGAGAGCGACCCCGCAACGAGAAGGAGGAGCCAGGGCUUGCCCGGGGCUUCUCAGCCUCAGCUCUGCUUCCUUUGGCCAUGGUUGGUGCUUCAAUGGCAGCCUACCGGCCUGUUUGGGAUUUCAACAUGGAGACGGGAGGUUUCUUCAUGGACGACGUCAUGAUUCGCAGGAAUUCGGUGGUUGUCGACACCACGCUGGAUCUGCGAAGGCUCUGGACGACUGACUACUGGGGCUUGGAGAUGUUUGACCCCAAUACCUGGACUCACAAGUCCUUCCGGCCGCUGACGGUGCUCACAUUCCGGUGGAAUUACUGGGCACAUGGCUUCGGCAAUUGUGGCUUUCACCUGACCAAUGCCUUGCUGCAUGGCCUUUGCUCCCUGCAGCUCGCGAUCUUUGGCCGACAGGCCUGUGGACUCCCCUGGGCCUGGGCCGCGCUCUUGGCAGCCCUGUUUGCCACUCAUCCGGUGCACACCGAGAGCAUCUGUUACGUGGUCGGCCGGGCUGACAUCGUCUGUGCACAGGUGCUCUUCCUGGCAACCCAGCUUUAUGCACCCCUCUCCAGUGACAGCAGCCUGUCCCAAAGUAAGGCAUGGCUGCGUCUACUUUUUGCCUGCCUGUUGGUGGUCACGGCAGGCCUCUGCAAGGAGACAGGCUUCACUUUCUUUGGCUUCCUAGUAAUUUGGGAGGUCCUGGCCCUCUUGCGAGGUCGACUGGGUUGUGGUUUGCAGCGGCUCUUGCGUGUCCUCGCGCUGCUUGUCAUCGGCAGCGCGGCGUGUGUUGCCAGGGUUUGGUACACCUCCGGCACGCAGAUCGCUCGCAUGGACCCGUACAGCAACCCCAUCGCGGCCUCCGAAGACUCCUACGUUCGACUACUGUCCUACGCGCUGGUACACGGCAUGCCGAGCCCUGAGCGCAAACGGCUUGAGGGUUCAGGGAAAAGGAGCUCCAAGUUCGCUGAAAGCCCAUACCGAGGCUGGAAUAUUCGGGCUUGGGGGGCAGUUAUGAAGCCGAUGGUCCGCAUUUAA